AUGUCGAAAGUCGCUGAGCGCGUUCGCAGGGAGUGCUCGAAGCUUCGAGAGUCGGGGCUACGACUGCCAAUACUGGAUCUCCAGGAGGCGGCGGACUACCGAAGCUUGCGGGCCGAGAUCCGUGGCCCAAGUGGAAGCCCUUUUGAGGGCCACAGCUUCGGGCUCCAGUUGCACUUUGGCGACGAAUAUCCCUUCCGUCCUCCUGCAAUCCGCUUUGCAUCACCUAGACGGAGAGAAUCGCAUCCGCCGCCACACUUGGGCCUGGGACUCAAGGACUCAAGGUUGCCACGGCCUACUGACUCCUUUCUCCACGACUACUCAGUCAAGAUGACGUCAGGAUCCAGCGCAGACACAACAAUGACGUUUGGUGGCGAUGGAGCACCAGCUCAACCUGCCGUUGGCUAUUCAAGUGCCGGUGAAGGCGGACCUUUGUCCCUUGACGACAGCACAACGGAAUAA